UUCGAAUUCUUAUUAGUUCAUCUCGUAAUUUAUUUCGCUACAGAUUAUUCAUAAUUUUGUGUUUGUUUUUUUUUUUGUUUUUUUAUAUUUUUUAUUUUCUUUUUGUGAAAUUUGUUCUUAAUUUGAUCUCGGACGGUGAUUUUGUGAGUGUUUCUUUUUUUUCAUUAAGUUUCAUUUAAUUAAAUUAUUAAAAAGUAUAGAGAUUGAAAAAAAAAGAUAAGAACAGCAACAUCAUGCCAGUCUUCCAUACAAAAACCAUUGAAAGUAUUUUGGAUCCUGUUGCUCAACAGGUAUCUCGUUUAGUUAUUCUUCAUGAAGAAGCCGAAGAUGGCAAUGCUAUGCCAGACCUUAGCCGUCCAGUUCAAGUCGUCUCAAUGGCCGUUACCAAUCUUAUAAAAGUCGGUCGUGAAACAAUUAACAGUUCAGAUGAUAACAUACUUAAACAGGACAUGCCGUCGGCUCUGACCCGUGUCGAGAAUGCCUCUCAAUUACUUGAAGAGGCAUCAGAUAUGUUAAGGGGCGAUCCAUAUUCCGGUCCAGCACGCAAAAAACUUAUCGAAGGCAGCCGCGGCAUAUUACAAGGCACAUCUGCCCUUCUUCUAUGCUUUGACGAAUCCGAAGUUAGGAAAAUCAUACAAGAAUGCAAGCGGGUACUUGAUUACCUGGCUAUUGCUGAAGUAAUCGGUUCGAUGGAAGAUCUCGUACAGUUUUUGAAAGAUUUAAGUCCAUGCCUUAGCAAAGUUUCGAGAGAAGUGAGUGUACGUGAGAAAGAAUUAACGCAUCAAGUGCAUAGUGAAAUUUUGGUGCGCUGUCUGGAGCAGGUUAAAAUUCUUGCUCCAAUUCUGAUUUGCAGCAUGAAAGUUUACAUUCAUAUUGUUGAGCAAAAUGGAGUAGGAGUCGAUGAAGCUGCUGAAAAUAGAAACUACUUAGCCUCACGUAUGACGGAUGAGAUUCAAGAAAUUAUUCGUGUCCUACAACUUACAACAUAUGACGAGGACACCAGUGAGCUGGAUAAUUUGACUGUUUUGAAGAAAAUAAGCAAUGCUAUACUAAAUAAAGUCGGCCUUGCUAAUGACUGGCUGGCCAAUCCGUAUGCUUUGAAAGGUGGCGUUGGGGAAAAGGCCUUACGGCAAAUAAUAGAAAAUGCUCACGAAGUGGCUGACAGAUGUCUUCCUCAGGAUUCAAUGCCAAUUCGCAAAAUGGCUGACGAUAUUACCACCAUGGGUAAUGCAUUGUGUGAGCUGCGCCAUGACGGCAAAGGAACCAGUCCUCAAGCAGAGAGUUUGGCCAAAAAUAUACGCGAAAAACUGGGUAGCUUGCAGCAGGCUCUUAUGAAUGCCAUAGUAGGUGUAAAUAAAGCGGGAGUACAGCAAACCGCCCAUACCAUUCAAGGGCGCUUAGAGCAGGCAUGUAAAUGGCUGCAGAAUCCAGAAAUCAAUGACAAUGGCUUGGGUGAACGUGCAAUCGGUUUGAUUGUUGAAGAAGGAAGAAAAGUUGCCGAUGGUUGUCCUGGCUACCAGAAAGCUGAAAUACUCCAACUUUGUGAUGAAGUAGAAUAUUUGAAAAUGAAUGCAGCCGGAACGACACCCAAGGCAAAGGAAUUUGCCAAGAAGCUCACCCACAAAUUACAUGAACUAAAGGAAGCAAUACAAAAUGCCCUAGUCAAUCGAAUCGUUCAGGACUUUAUGGAUGUAUCAACUCCGUUGAAACAAUUCAGCGAUGCAGUAAAUGUUCCCCAAGGAACACCAAACCGAGAGCAAAAUUUCAACCAGAAGUCAAAUAAUUUACAAGCAUUCAGUGAUCGUGCUUCGAAAACUAGUCGAAUGGUGGCGGCUGGUGGAUCUGGCGGGAACAAAAAGAUCGCCGAAAUAUUGCUGGCUUCAGCAUCCCAAGUCGACAGUUUAACACCGCAACUGGUAUCUGCUGGGCGCAUUCGAAUGAACUAUCCGGGCAGCACAGCAGCUGACGAGCAUUUGAACAACUUGAAACAACAAUAUGCCGACACAGUUCUCAGGAUGAGAACAGUUUGUGAUCAGGCAACGAAUCCGGCUGAUUUUAUCAAAACAUCCGAAGAUCACAUGCAGGUUUAUGUUAAGCUGUGUGAAGAUGCUAUUCAUAAUAAACAGCCCCAAAAAAUGGUUGACAACACAUCGAACAUUGCACGCUUGGUUAAUCGUGUUCUACUCGUAGCCAAACAGGAAGCAGAUAAUUCCGAAGAUCCAGUAUUUACAGCAAAGCUUAAUGCAGCAACCAAUCGUCUGGAAAAUUCACUACCAGCUAUGGUUGGCGAUGCAAAGAUGGUUGCAACUAAUAUCAAUGACCCGGUUCCUGCUAGUGCCUGGAGAGAUUCUUAUAAGAAGCUACUAGCUGACGUGCGUGAUGUUCGGUCUGCCAUUGCACCCUCACAUGCUGAUUUACUUCCACCUGUUCCCGAAUUAAAUGCUUUGCAUUUGUCUUCCAAUGAAAACAAACUGGACCGUGCUCCACCACGUCCUCCACUGCCACGUGAGGGUAUGGCUCCAAUUCGUCCACCACCACCAGAGACAGAUGAUGAAGAUGAAGUCUUCCGCACGACGCCACAUGCCAAUCAACCAAUUUUGAUUGCAGCUCGUGGUCUGCAUCAAGAAGUUCGUCAAUGGUCUUCCAAAGACAACGAAAUUAUUUCAGCAGCCAAACGUAUGGCUGUCCUUAUGGCUAGACUAUCUGAAUUAGUUCUUGCCGAUUCGAAAGGUAGCAAACGAGAGCUUAUUGCUACAGCUAAACAAAUUGCUGAAGCAUCAGAAGAUGUAACACGUUUGGCUAAGGAUUUGGCAAGACAAUGUACAGAUCGUCGAAUUCGUACAAACUUGUUGCAAGUUUGUGAACGUAUUCCCACAAUUGGAACGCAACUUAAAAUUCUUUCAACUGUCAAAGCUACGAUGUUGGGUGCUCAGGGAUCCGAUGAAGAUCGCGAAGCAACAGAAAUGUUGGUUGGAAAUGCACAAAAUCUAAUGCAAAGUGUAAAGGAAACUGUCCGAGCAGCUGAAGGUGCCAGCAUCAAGAUUCGCUCUGAUCAAACUAGCAAUAGACUUCAAUGGGUCAGGCGCCAACCUUGGUAUCAAUAUUAAAGUAUCAAACAAACAUAAAAUCGUAAAAAAUAAAAAACAAAAUACGUUUGCCAAAAUCAAAUCCGAAGGGACUUUCUCUCUUACAAUCAUUUAAGAACAAAAAACAAACUAAACUGGAGUUAAUUUUUUUU